AUGCCAGUAAUCAAAAUGUCGCCUCGGCUUUCCAGCCCGGAAGUGAUGCCACUACUAAGGCCGCGCUGUAGCAUGUGUAAACAGGAAGCGGGCUGUGCUCUGUCUCAUUCAGCCAGGAGCUUCGUGGCAGCCACUGGGAUCUGCAGUAGCAUCACUAGCGGAGACACUAUGGCGCUUACACUGACCGUGUCGAGCUCCAGUCCCCCUCUGGCUGUUUUGUGGACCGUGGAACAUCUAAAGGGCCAAAUACAGAUCAACGUGCAGGAAGGGAAGGACACCCACCUUCGGGUAACAGAUACUAUCUCCUUCACUGAUGUGCACUCCAUCGUACGCUACCUGGCCAGACUUGCCACAGACAAAGGACUGAGUGGAUCACAUCUCACAGAACAGACAGAGGUGAGCCAUUGGAUGGAGUUUAGUCAGACCAGACUGAUGCAGAAGCCUGACUUUUCUACAGGCCUACAGGAGCUCAAUAACUGCCUGUCUCUGCGCACAUACUUGGUGGGGAACACCCUGACUCUGGCUGAUAUCUGUGUCUUCUCUGCCUUGGAAGCAAGCAAUGAAUGGCAGACACUGGUGCAGAAGGGUCAGACCCCAGUAAAUGUCAGAAGAUGGUACACCUUUCUAGAACCCCAGCUUGGUUUUUGGAACAAAAGCAACAACAGAGUGCCCAGCGAGAAAAAACAAGAUGUUGGAAAAUUUGUAGAGCUUCCAGGUGCAGAGAUGGGCAAAGUAGUGGUGAGAUUCCCUCCGGAGGCCAGUGGCUACUUGCAUAUUGGGCAUGCCAAAGCUGCACUGCUCAACCAGCACUACCAGGUCACCUUCAAAGGAAAACUUAUUAUGAGGUUUGAUGACACAAACCCUGAAAAGGAAAAGGAAGACUUUGAGAAGGUUAUACUGGAAGAUGUCUCCAUGCUGCAGAUCAAGCCAGAUCAGUUUACAUACACCUCUGAUCACUUUGACACCAUCAUGAAAUACGCAGAGAAGCUGAUCCAGGAGGGGAAGGCCUAUGUGGAUGACACCCCAGCAGAGCAGAUGAAAGCUGAACGAGAGCAGAGAAUAGAGUGCAAGCACAGAAGUAACACCGUGGCAAAGAACAUCGAAAUGUGGGAAGAAAUGAAGAAAGGCACCGAAUUUGGUCAGACCUGCUGUCUCCGAGCUAAAAUUGACAUGAAUUCCAACAAUGGCUGCAUGAGGGACCCCACGUUGUUCCGCUGCAAGAAUCAACCCCACCCUCGGACAGGAAGCAAAUACAGUAUCUAUCCCACGUAUGACUUUGCCUGCCCCAUUGUGGACAGUGUAGAGGGAGUCACUCAUGCGUUGCGCACAACAGAGUAUCACGACCGGGACGAGCAGUUCUACUGGAUUAUUGAUGCACUGGGCAUCCGGAAGCCUUACAUCUGGGAAUACAGUCGCCUGAACCUCAACAAUACCGUCCUCUCUAAGAGAAGGCUGACCUGGUUUGUCAAUGAAGGCCUAGUGAAUGGCUGGGAUGAUCCAAGGUUCCCUACAGUGCGCGGAGUUCUCCGAAGAGGAAUGACAGUGGAGGGGCUGAAACAAUUCAUUGCAGCACAGGGCUCUUCACGAUCGGUGGUGAACAUGGAGUGGGACAAGAUUUGGGCCUUUAACAAAAAGGUGAUCGAUCCUGUAGCCCCCCGGUACACCGCCUUGCUGAGGAACCAGGUUGUCCCAGUGAAUAUUCCUGACGCGCAAGAAGGGAUGUUGGAAGUGGCCAAGCACCCAAAGAACACCGAGGUGGGCCUGAAGCCUGUGUGGUACGGCCCCAAGGUCCUCAUAGAAGGUGCAGAUGCAGAGACCUUGUCUGAGGGAGAGACAGUCACUUUCAUAAACUGGGGAAAUCUCAUCAUUACAAAGAUUCAUCGGGACCAGAGUGGGAAAAUUCAGUCCCUUGAUGCCAAGCUGAAUCUGGAGAACAAAGAUUACAAGAAAACCACUAAGAUCACCUGGCUUGCCGAAACACCCAAGGCCCCUUUUAUACCAACGACCUGCGUUAAUUACGAUCAUCUUAUUACCAAGCCGGUUUUGGGCAAGGAGGAAGACUUCAAGCAGUACGUUAACAGAAGCAGCAAGCAAGAAGAAGUGAUGUGGGGUGACCCCUGCCUGAAAGAUCUGAAAAAGGGAGAAAUCAUCCAGUUUCAGAGGAGAGGUUUCUAUAUCUGUGAUGAGCCGUAUGAGCCAAUCAGCCCUCACAGCUGUAAGGAGGCCCCAUGUGUUCUGAUUUACAUCCCAGAUGGGCACACCAAGGAGAUGCCAACAUCAGGCUCAAAGGAGAAGUCCAAGUCUGAGGCUACCAAGAAAGAGGCCCAACCCAAAUCGAAGGGUAAAGCUCAAGUAAGUGCAGCUCCUCUUGCAUCUCCAGAAGAGGAUCCAGUUGCUCUUUACAACAAGGUUUAUGCACAGGGAGAUCUAGUAAGGGAUCUGAAAGCAAAGAAAGCUGCAAAGGCGGAAGUUGACGAAGCUGUAAAGCUCCUCUUGUCUCUAAAAGCUCAAUACAAAGAAGUCACAGGGCAGGAAUAUAAACCGGGCAGUGCCACAGCGCAGAAACCAGCUUCCAGCCCAGCAGCCACAAGCAGCAAUACAGCCUUGUACGAUAAAGUGUCUGAACAAGGGGAGACAGUCCGAAAACUAAAGGCAGAGAAGGCACCAAAGGAUCAGGUAGAUGGAGCUGUGAAAACCCUUUUAGCUUUGAAAGCAGAAUAUAAACAAGUAACAGGUCAGGAGUACAAGCCUGGGAGCCUUUCAGUAGUCACAAACGGUUCCUCUCCACCUCCCACUAGUCAGCAGUUCUCCCACGCCUCAGAUUUGGGAUUGUACAACAGAGUGGCCGCGCAAGGAGAGGUGGUCCGACAACUUAAAACCAAGAAAGCCCCAAAGGAUGAGGUAGAAGCAGCUGUGAAACUUCUUUUGAAUCUUAAAGCUGAGUACAAGAAAUCGACUGGGCAGGAUUAUAAGCCUCAGGCACCACCUUUAUCUCAGCCACCAAGGGAACCCUCAAACAUUAUGUCUGGUCCAGUCCCAGGGGUCCUCAGUUCUACGGACUGUGCAAGUCUGUAUGAGAAAGUAGCUCAGCAGGGCGAUCUUGUCCGCAAGCUGAAAUCUGAGAAAGCUUCAAAGGAUAAAGUGGACGAGGCUGUGAAAACACUGCUGGCUUUGAAGGCUGAAUAUAAGGAGAAGACUGGGCAGGAAUAUAAACCAGGACAGGCCCCGGCUGCUGCUGCUGCUGCCACAAAAAAGGAUCUGGACAAACCUGCAAGUUCUCGGGCAAAUGGCUCACACAAUGCAGAGGCAGAAGAGCUGUAUAACAAAGUGGCCAGACAGGGGGAGGAAGUCCGCAAAGUGAAGUCUGAAAAAGCUGCAAAGGAGAAAGUUGAUGCUGCUGUAAAGAAGCUUCUGGAUUUAAAGGCCCAGUACAAAGCCUUAACAGGCACAGAAUACAAACCAGUGGCUGCCGCAAGCUCCGAUAACAAGAAGCACAAGGAGAAGGAGAACAAGUCUGAGAAGCAAAGCAAACCGUCAAAGGCUGGAGAAGGGUCCCAGAAGAAGGAUACCCCCAAAGAUCAAGGGGACAAUUCUGGGGCUGGAGAAGGUCAAGGUCCCAAAAAACAGACCAGGUUGGGAUUGGAGGCUAAAAAGGAAGAGAAUCUACCAGACUGGUAUUCCCAGGUGAUCACCAAAUCAGAGAUGAUUGAAUAUUAUGAUGUCAGUGGCUGUUACGUGCUGCGUCCCUGGGCCUUUGCCAUUUGGGAGGCCAUUAAAGAGUUCUUUGAUAAGGAGAUAAAGAAGCUCGGUGUGGAAAACUGUUACUUCCCCAUGUUCGUGUCUCAGGCUGCGCUGGAGAAGGAAAAGACCCACAUUGCAGAUUUCGCUCCGGAGGUUGCCUGGGUUACAAGGUCAGGAAAGACGGAGCUAGCAGAACCAAUUGCUGUACGACCCACGAGUGAAACUGUGAUGUAUCCUGCUUAUGCCAAAUGGGUGCAGUCCCACCGAGAUCUCCCCAUUAAACUUAAUCAGUGGUGUAACGUAGUGAGGUGGGAGUUUAAACACCCUCAGCCUUUCCUCCGGACGCGCGAGUUCCUUUGGCAAGAAGGACAUACGGCGUUCGCUACAUAUGAGGAAGCUGCAGAAGAGGUCCUGCAGAUACUGGAUCUUUAUGCCCGUGUGUAUGAGGAGCUCUUGGCUAUUCCUGUUGUAAAAGGAAGAAAGACUGAGAAAGAAAAGUUUGCGGGAGGGGACUACACAACCACAGUGGAAGCAUUUAUAUCAGCCAGCAGUCGUGCCAUACAGGGUGCAACAUCACAUCAUCUUGGUCAGAACUUUUCCAAAAUGUUUGAAAUUGUAUUUGAAGACCCUAAAACACCUGGGUUAAAACAGUAUGCAUACCAGAACUCAUGGGGGCUUUCAACUCGCACAAUAGGAGCAAUGGUCAUGGUUCAUGCAGACAACACCGGGAUGGUGCUCCCACCCAGAGUAGCCUGUGUCCAGAUAAUAAUAAUUCCCUGCGGCAUCACAAACACCCUCGCUGAGGAAGACAAAGAUGCCCUCCUAAAGAAAUGUGACCAGUAUCUAAAGCGCCUUCUAAACGUCGACGUACGGGCACGCGCAGAUCUGAGGGACAACUACUCUCCGGGAUGGAAAUUCAAUCACUGGGAACUCAAGGGUGUUCCAAUCAGGCUUGAGGUCGGCCCACGAGACAUGAAAAAUAAGCAGUUUGUCGCAGUCAGGCGAGACAAUGGGGAGAAACUAACCAUCCCAGAGGGUCAGGCCGAGACACGGUUAAAGGAAAUCUUGGAGGAAAUUCACACAAAUCUUUAUAACCGGGCACUCGGCGAUCUGACAAGUCACAUGGUGGUAGCCAACAACAUGGAAGAAUUCCAGAAGCAUUUGGAGAAGGGACAGAUUGUGCAGAUCCCAUUCUGUGGAGAAAUUGAAUGUGAAGAUUGGAUAAAGAAGAUAACAGCCAGGGAUCAAGAUCUGGAGCCAGGAGCACCUUCCAUGGGAGCCAAAAGCCUCUGUAUCCCCUUCAAACCUCUAAACGAGCUGCAGCCCGGCGCCAAGUGCGUCUGCGAGAAGAACGCGGCCAAAUUCUACACGCUAUUCGGCCGCAGUUAUUAGUGGACGUGACCCUAUGCCCACUGUAAUAAUCUCUUUAUUUUUAAUAACAAAGAAACAGACAAAAAAAAACAAACAAAAAAACAGAUAACAGGAGCCAUUUGUCGUGUAGUUCUACUGUUACCAUGGCUACACCGCUUUUCUUUUUUCUCGAAACAUCCUCAAUAAAGUAAACUAUGAGAUUA